AUACACCGCGCCUCAUUAGCAUAAAACAUUCCGCUAUCUACAAGAGCCGAGCGAACACAUUCAGCUCCGGAGAACUACAAACACAUCUUAAAUACAUAUAAUAUCAGCACAGAGACAUGAGCGCAAACAUGAGCGACAGCGAGAAACUGGACAAGCAGCGGCUGAAGAACUUCAAGAAUAAAGGGCGCGAUCUGGAGACUAUGAGGAGACAGCGGACGGAAGUGGUGGUGGAGCUCAGAAAGAAUAAGAGAGACGAGCACCUGCUGAAGCGGAGGAACGUGCCUCACGAGGACAUCUGUGACGACUCCGAUGCAGAUGGAGACUUCAGAACCCAAAACACUUCUCUUGAAGCAAUAGUGCAGAAUGCGACCAGCGAUAACCAGGGCAUUCAGCUGAGCGCCGUUCAGGCCGCCAGGAAGCUGCUGUCGAGUGACCGCAACCCUCCCAUAGACGACCUGAUCAAGUCUGGUAUUCUGCCCAUCCUGGUGCACUGCCUGGACAGAGACGACAACCCUUCUCUGCAGUUUGAGGCGGCCUGGGCUUUGACCAACAUCGCAUCGGGCACAUCUGAGCAGACCCAGGCCGUGGUGCAGUCCAAUGCGGUUCCUCUGUUCUUGCGGCUGCUGCAUUCUCCCCACCAGAACGUGUGUGAGCAGGCGGUUUGGGCUUUAGGGAACAUCAUCGGUGAUGGUCCUCAGUGCAGAGAUUACGUCAUCAGUCUGGGGGUGGUUAAGCCGCUUCUGUCCUUCAUCAGCCCCUCCAUACCCAUCACCUUCCUCCGCAACGUUACCUGGGUCAUGGUCAACCUGUGCCGCCACAAGGACCCGCCCCCGCCCAUGGAGACCAUCCAGGAGAUUCUCCCUGCGCUGUGCGUGCUCAUUCACCACACUGACGUCAAUAUCCUGGUGGACACGGUUUGGGCUCUGUCCUAUCUCACUGACGCUGGCAACGAGCAGAUCCAGAUGGUCAUUGAUUCGGGGAUCGUACCUUACCUCGUCCCCUUACUCAGCCACCAGGAGGUCAAAGUUCAGACGGCGGCCCUGCGAGCGGUGGGGAAUAUUGUGACGGGCACAGAUGAACAGACUCAGGUGGUGCUCAACUGUGACGCUCUGGGGCACUUCCCAGCUCUCCUCACACACCCCAAAGAGAAGAUCAACAAGGAGGCCGUGUGGUUCCUGUCCAACAUCACAGCAGGGAACCAGCAGCAGGUUCAGGCCGUCAUCGAUGCCAACCUAGUGCCCAUGAUUAUUCUGUUGCUGGAUAAGGGAGAUUUCGGCACUCAGAAGGAAGCGGCGUGGGCCAUCAGCAACCUGACCAUCAGCGGCAGAAAGGAUCAGGUGGCGUACCUGAUCCAGCAGCAGGUGAUUCCUCCCUUCUGUAACCUGCUGACCGUCAAAGACGCCCAGGUGGUGCAGGUGGUUCUGGAUGGGCUCAGUAAUAUUCUCAAGAUGGCCGAUGACGAAGCGGAGACCAUCGCCAACCUGAUCGAGGAGUGUGGAGGCUUGGAGAAAAUCGAGCAGCUCCAGAACCAUGAGAAUGAGGACAUCUACAAACUGGCUUAUGAAAUAAUCGAUCAGUUCUUCUCAUCUGAUGAUAUCGAUGAGGACUCCAACCUGGUUCCAGAAGCCAUCCAAGGAGGAACGUACAGCUUCAAUUCUUCUACCAACGUGCCAGCAGAAGGCUUCCAGUUCUAGACGCGACGGGGAAAUCUGGAGUUUUGUUUGUGAUGCAGCACUCUGUUCAACAUUAAAAAAUAAUUAGAGAGCGAGCGAGAGAGAGCGCGAGAGAGUGUGAGAAAUAUUAGAUCCGUUGUGCUUGGCUGAUGGGAUCCAGCUGCAUCUAACCCAAGAGAAAUUGAGUGGAGUUCCUUCUGAAGGAAGCGUCCCGGCGGCGUUUGAGACGGCUUUGAGUGGAUGCGAGCGAGUGAGAGUGAGUGGCUGACUACUACGUUUCAAAACACGACCAUCUAAACCGAACGCGUGUCUUUUCAACAAAAUCAAACCGAACCAAUGGGAAUAACGAAGACGUCUCAAGACGUGAAUCAUCUGAGGUAAGAACGCUCUAGGAGAACCUCACCACCAACGCCAACAUCAAAGAGACUCAAACACACUUCUGAGGUGGCCUGAGGCGCGUGUGUGUGUAUGAGAGAGAGAGAGAGAGAGAGUGUGUGUGUGUGAGUGGCCCCUGAGCUGAGGGGCCGUCUUCAUCUGACGUGCUGGAGAUCGAACCCAGCAGGCCAGAGCCCUCUCCUUCACGCCGCAGUCUAGCGGCACGUCUUUGUGCUGCGUGUGCGCAACUGAAUGGACGUGUGUGUGUGUGUGUGUGUGUGUGUGUGUGUCUGACUGGAGAAACGCAAGACUGAAUGUAACGAACGCAGUGAGUCGACAUCGUGUGGAAGGUGACCAAUUCAACGGGAAAUUGUGGAAUAGCCCGGAAGAGGAGGCUAAAAUGAGUAAUAAUUCAAAUAAAUCACCUUCAGUGGAAUGACUGGACAUCAGUGAUCUAAAGAAGACAAUGUUGUGACUUUAAUUUUCCCUUUUCUUUUUAACUAUUAUUUAGUGUUGAUGACACUGGACUGAGUUUGGGUGUUGCGUCGAGGAUGUCGUUGGGCACGUGCGUUUUGUCCCAGUGCGUUUCUUUUUUUUCUUUUUUGUUUUUUGUCUUCCCAUUUCAGCUUUUAUUUUCAGUGCUGGUGUAAAUACAUGUAAUACACAUUGUGCACUGUUGUACCUUUGCACAGACCCGGGCUGUUGUACAUUAAGCGCUCUGCUUUCACGUUGAGUUCCCCCUCUUCUGUUCUCGGCUCCGUCUGCGGCCCGAAGGCUUCGAUCAUGUGGGGAGCUGUUUUAUGUGUGAGAGGUUUCAGACAUAUCCUUUGCAUGUGCUAAACUGCGGCAUAGUUCUUUUUAGUGGGUUUUAGUUUUGUAAGUGUAAGCGUUUUUUUUUUCUGUUUUUUUUUCUUUUAUUUUUAAAAGUACCUACUGUAAUGUUUGACUUUAUUUUUAUUUUAUUUUAUUUUUUCCCCCUCCCUGCCCAUUUAUGCCCCUGACCGACCAGCGGUCCUCCACCAUUCUGCACAUCGCAGCGCUGGAGGUGUGUGAACAUUUUAGCAAGACGGACAAAACUCAAACUCCUACUUGUAGUGCAAAUAGAGUCCAUCUUUAUUUGUAGAUAUUCCUGUUGGGUGUGGAGGACUGUGCUGUGCCUUCGUCCUAAAGCACGUACAGGUAACGGUAUGAAAGCGCUGUUUAGGUUUACCAUCCUUUUUUUGUUUCUUAAUUUCAGUUGACUGUAGAGCUGUCUCCGUUUCGCAUAACCUCUUGAUGGCUACAUUGUUUUAUUUCCAGCCCACCCUCCCCAACAGCAUUCCUUGUUUGCAAAUAUGUAGUUUCAAAAGAAGAAAAAAAUAGAUGGUAUACCUAUCCUGUUGGACAUAGACUACAGGCUCUGUACCUAUUCAAAUAAAUAUUCAAAUGUG